UUAAAAGCAAUUCCAAAUGAUAUGAAUCCAACAGACAUUUUGUCCGGUUCAAGCCAGCAGUUUACUUGUACAACUGAUGAAGGUAGACCGUCAUCAAGGAUCCACUGGUAUAUGGCUGGUGUGAACAUAACUGAUGAUGUUGUUGUUAAGCCUGAUACGUGCAAUCAAGGAUGUAAUGGCAAAGUGUUAUCAUCAAGUGUUCUGAUAUACAUUGGUCAUAUCACUGACAUUGGGAAGACCAUUUACUGCACAGCUUCUAAUUUAGAUGAAACAAGUGUUCGAUCACAAGACAAAAUGUUGAAUAUAUUAUUCAAACCAGUCAUCUCUGAAAUACCAGAUUACAACAUUACAGAAGGGAGCAAUUUGAACAUUGCCCCUACAAUAAAUGCAAAUCCAGAUCCUAUAUCUGUAUGGUGGACACGUCAAAAUAAACCCGAAUUCAUAUUACAUGGUACGAGCCUUACAAUAAGAGGCAUCCAAAGAGUGUCAAGUGAUAACUACACGUGUCAUGCUAUGAACACUAUAACAGCUCAAGGACAUCCAACGAAGAAUAGAACAUCCCAGGAAAUAUUUAAUGUCAAUGUACAAUUUUUACAACGGCAUGGAGAUGCAGUUAAUGAUACUGCAGUUGGAGUAGGAACAGGGAUUGCUGUUACCAUCUUUAUAAUCGGAGUUACCAUUUUGAAUAUUUUUUUGUUCAGAAAACGUCGACUGUCCAAGAAAAAAGAACAGAGCAUCAGCGAAGUUUAUGAAACAGAAUUUCAUUUGCCAAGACAAACGCAACAGACAGACACACAUUUAUAUAAUGAUUUGGGAGAUCUUAACACGAAUGCUAUACAACAACAAAAGAGCCCAGACAGAAGCUCGAACUGUUAUGAAGAUGUUGGUGAAGGAAACAGCAAUACAGCUGGUUAUGUUUACGAAAAUUUGAACAUAUCAGACAAUGAAAAACAAAUACACCACAGGGACCCAUCAUUAUAUGUGAACAUGGACCUAUAGCCUUCGACAAUAUACUUAUUGUACAGAUGUGUCUUAGUACUUAUAUUGAUGUAUUCUUCAACUUUAAUAUACAGUCCGUUAUUGAGAAAACACAAUACAGCUAUGGACAAUGUUCUGAAUAAAUAAAUAGUAGAAUAUAAAGACCAUUGAGGACGACAGAACCCAAAUGUGAUAUUUUAUAUUUUUAAUGAAGUAUGGAGUUCGCUGUUUGGUGCUCUAGCAAAUUAGACAGAUUCUCUUCACCAUAAUUGAAUUUUUUGGGAGUUCUAUGUAAAAACAAUUCCAUGAUCUGAUUGAUAUUUUUUUUUUACCAAAACACAUUAUAUAACGAACGUUUUGUGUAUGAAUAUUCUAAAACGGAAUAAUCGAUGAUAUGCAAGGAACAUUUUUGUUUUAAUUUUUUUUAUUUUACACAUUCAUACAUCAAUGCUCGGAAUCGUACGAAUAUAUGAGUUGUGUGGGAGAAUGAGUGCAGUAAAGGCUGUACAACUUACCCUGAACGUUAGUUAAUUCUUCACAAAUAUAUGUUUUGUAAUGUCUUA